AUGGGACAAUCAUCGAGUAUGUCUUCGGAUUCAUCAGCAUCAAGCAUGCAAGAUUUAGAUACAAAUAUGUCGCCGUCAACAUCAAUAUCAUCAUCGUAUAUCCCAUAUACAGCAGGAAGAACAACAGCUGCCCUCGUUCCAUCGUCGACAUUUCCUGGUGUCGAUGUCGUGAUAGACCUUCUUCAUCUUCAUCCAAUAUUUUCAAACAAUUCAAUUCGAAUGAAUAACGAGGAUUUACAGCAUUUAAGUGAACGAAGAGCAUUUGUUAAAGACAUGAAACUUUUUCAAAAGCUUCUUCGAAUAGCAAAAGUAAAUGUCAAUGAAGCGAUGGAACAACUUUUUCUACAACUACCAAAUGAAUAUCUCAAACGUGCUGGAGAAUACUAUACAAUCUUUUUGGACAUGCGUCAUCAAACUCAACGAGACGCCUAUGUGAGUGGUCAACUCAGAGAUGAGUUUACAUGGCCAACAUCAUUUCCCGAUUGUACAUCAGCACUACGACAAUUUGUCGAUCGAUGGAUUCAAGAAGAGUUGCCUCGUCAAAGUCAAGCUAAAUGUCUUAUUUUAAUUGGACCAGCAAAUACAGGGAAAACAUCAUUUGCUAAGUCUAUACCAGGCCUAAAUAAUUAUUUCUCUGGUGCAUGGUCUUCCGAUCAUUUCAAUCCCUAUGCACGGUAUACCAUCUAUGAAAAUGUAUCAUGGGAUAAUUUUGAAAGACGAGGUUAUCCAGAUAAAAAGCUACUUUUUACUCAGAGUGGCCUAGUUGAUACCGUCUACAAUCGUGGUUAUCCAACGAAAAUCAAUGUUUGUCAGCCUGCAAUCGUGCUUCUCAAUCCUGGCUCCUCUGAGGGUUCAUUAAACCGAAUCACGAGUACAAAUGAAUCACAAGGCAUAAAAGAUGAUUUCUGGAGUCUACAUGCAUACAUAUACAGACUUGGCAAGUAUUCGAAUGAUAUCGAAUUUCAUUUGAACAUAUAG